AUGCAAUUGUACUGCCAGGAAGCAAAGCGCAAACUUGGCAAGGACGAGCUCGAUGAAUGGGCGGAAGCGCGUCUGGUGGAAGUCGUGGACCACGUCAAGCAUCAACAAGAUGUCAACACAGUCAUCGAACUGUUGCAAACAGAGUUGGGCCUUAGUGAUGCGACCCAUCUGUUUGCGCGGUUCGAGAUCUUCAGCCAGCUGCAGCUGAUCACCGAAAAGCCAGCCAUUCGCGAGGCGCUCUUCUACUGCCUGCGAAGGCGAUUCGUCAUCUACAGCAGCAAAUGGAUUAAAGCGCACGAGGACGAAGCAGAGGACGAGGAAGCGGACCACGAUGAGCAAAACGGCGAGAAUGAGGAGAUGGACUACAACGACGGGAGGGAAGUAAACGCAACCCAUGGUAUAGACGCACUACUGGCCAUGGCAUCGCAGGAGGUCUGCGAGGAGAUCGUCACAGAGGUUGUGUUCGAGGAAACCGAAAGCCGAGUGAACUCUGCGUGCAAGGCAGUGUUCGACAGUUCCGUGCUUCCCUCCAUGUUGCGUUGGCUGGCCGGCGCUGCUCUUCAGUGGAUGGCCCUCACCCUGCGCCGACCACUGUCUUCGCUAGAGCAAUGGAAGGCUCGCCUCGAGUCGCACCUCUAUCAAAUCAUCGCCACGCUCAGGACGAACGAGUUGUUUGACAUCAUUGUGGACUAUCCAGACAGCGUACCUGCCCUGCUCGACCUCAAGGAGAGUCUGGCAAGGAGUGAUCAGCAUCUCGAGCUGGUGUCUUCGCUGACCCAAACUGGAGCAAGCACGAACGACAUAAUCGAUACCUAUGUGUCCACCAUCUGCUCGCUGCGUUUGCUCGACCCCACCUCGGUGCUAUUGGAUGCGAUCCGUCCCCCUAUUGCGGCCUAUCUCAGGGGACGAGAUGACACCAUGCGCUGCGUCGUAAGCACUGUUACAGGGGACACGAAUCCCGAGCUUUACGAGGAGCUGGGGCACGCUGAAGCAGAGGUGCACGAUGAUUACGACGAAGAAGAGAACACCGAACCUGAUGAUGACGAAGAUAUCGAAAUCGCAGACGACGCUGCUCGACAGAUGGACACUGUAUCUCUUUUGGUCCAGAUCUAUGGCUCCGAUGAUCUCUUCAUCCAGGAGUUCCGCACCAUGCUUGCUUCACGACUACUCGCGAUCACAGAUUACAACACCGACAAGGACUACCAUAACUUGGAGUUGCUCAAAUUGCGAUUCGGCGAGACUCGUCUGCACGAAUGCGAGAUCAUGCUACAGGACAUGUCCGAAUCACGACGUCUCAACACCAACAUCAACAAGACGAUACAGGCGAAGGCACCCACAGGUAUUGCUUUUGUGCCGAGCAUCCCCUCCCCCGGUUCGAUGGAAAGCUACGAAAAGGAGUACCAGGCCGUCAAGGCGUCGCGCAAGCUCUGCUGGCGCCCUGCUCUCGGUACCGUUGAAGUAGAGCUGGAGGGGCCCCACGGCGCACAAUCAUUCAGUGUCUCCCCGCUUCAGGCUGCCAUCAUCUACCUUUUCCAAGACCAAGAAAUAUGGCCAAUCGAGGAGCUGGCGGAGAAGCUCGGCACCACCAGCGAGGUGGUGCGCAAGGGUGCGGGCUACUGGGUGGCUAACGGAGCCCUGAGGGCCAGCUUCCAAGGUCGCUCCCUCGUGUAUGAGGUGUCCUUCGGCGAAGAGGUCAACCCGUCGGGUGAAGGCGUGGUGGCCGACGAAGAGGGCGAAGGACUCGCAGAGGGAGAUGAGGCCGAUGAAGAGAUGUGGACCAUGCUCGAAGAGUUCAUCAAGGCCAUGCUCAUGAACCUGGAGCGACUGCCCGCGGACCGUAUCCAGGAGAUGCUGGCCAUGACCUCCGACUCCUACGACAAGAGUCUCUCGGAGCUCGUCCAGCACCUGCAGACCAUGAUCGCCGCCGAUGUAGUGACCUUGGACGUUGACGGCAACUACGCCCUCAAGCGCAAUUAA